AUGGAAUCCAGUCCAGCAGAAACAAACAAAUCUACGGAACAUAUUGACAAAACCCGCGAAAUGGAGAUCGACGAACCCAAACCCGAGUCAGAUGCAAAACAAGUUCCAUCAGAGUCAGCAGAGACUGAAACUGAUAACUCAGAAGAUGUCAGUAGGUUAUCUAACCCAGAACCUAGUGAAGACACAUUUAAAGUCCCACAUUUGAUGUCUGGUAAGCCAUCUUCUAAGCGGAAACUCCCAGAUCCUCCUUCAAAAGCGGCUAAAAAACCAACAGACGACUCUAACGAGCCGGAAAUAAUUUCCGAGUCAAUAGAACCUCCCAAAGCAGCUCCUCAGGAUCAAAAACACCUACCGUUGCCUUACAAAGAGCCAGCGUGGAGUGGAACUCCACCAGAAGGAAGGCUUCCAGUAUGCGACAUACCACUCGCUCAUCCUACAAUUUCAAGGUACCACGCGAUCCUCCAGUACCGCGCCGAGGGAGAUGACAAAAACGAACCUGGUUUUUACCUAUACGACCUUGAAAGCACUCACGGUAGCUUCUGGAACAGCUGUCGCAUUAGACCAAAGACCUUCGUCAAGCUGAAAGGCGGACAUAUGCUUCGAUUUGGCUGCAGUCAGCGCAAGUUCAUCGUCCAGACGCCGCCCGAGGACGAGGAAAUGGAGUCUGAGUAUUCAGUGACAGAGUUGAAGGAGAUGCGACGCCAGGAGCUGAUGACUCGCGAGAAGGAACAGCAAAUUCAAGAAGAAAUGGAGCGCUUGAAGAAGGAAAAAGAAGAAGCUGAAGGCAUUGACUGGGGAAUGGGCGAGGAUGCUGAUGAGGAUACUGAUUUGACUGAAAAUCCUUUUGCGGUUUCUAAUAAUGAAGAGCUGUUCCUUGAAGAUCCUAAAAAGACGCUCAGAGGAUGGUUUGAGCGCGAAGGAUUUGAUUUGCAGUAUCAGACUGAGGAAAAAGGAAUUGGACAGUUUCUCUGCUGGGUUGACUUGCCCGUCGAAUCUGGUCGCACAGUUCGCGCGGAAGCUCUGGUCAAGGGCAAGAAGAAGGAAUCGGUGAUCCAGUGUGCGCUGGAAGCUUGCAGGGUCUUGGACAGGCACGGACUUUUGAGACAGGCUACACACGAGGGGCGGAAACGCAAGACUCGUAAUUGGGAGGAGGAAGACUUCUAUGAUUCUGAUGAAGAUAAUUUCUUGGAUAGGACGGGAACUGUGGAACGGAAGCGUGAACGGAGGAUGCGGAGUGCUGGAAAAUUGGAGAAUAAAGCGGAAAAUUUUGCGAGCCUCAGUGCUCAGUUGAGCAACAUUGCCAAAGAUAUUGCGGAGGUUGAAGAAAAGUUGAAGAAACAUGAAGAAGCCAAACGCGCUGGUAAUUCUGAUUCUAAUGAAGAUGCUCUUGAUGCGUUUAUGUCUAGUUUGAACACUGCUGUCUUGAGCAAGAGCGAGGUUUUGAAGCUCAAGUCUACUCUCCAGAAGUUGAAAAAGGAGCAAGAGAACUUUAAAAAGCUGGUUGAGAUUACGAGACCUACUUCUUUUCCGUCGUUCACUUCAAUAUCGGAUGUAAAGGAAGAGUCGGAGGAACGAGAUAGAUCUGAAGUGCCUGAUGAUCGCUUGGAGGACAAACCGGUGGAGAGUGAAAAGAAGAAGGUGCUGAGUAGGUACGGAUUGAUUAAGAGUGAGGACAUUCCAGCAACUGAGGCUCUGUUGAAGCUUAAGAAAAAAACUGGUGGAGAUGAGGAUCAAGUGGAAGAAAAUGAAGAAGAAUGUGAUGAUACUGCUGCUGAUACUGUGACUGCCGUUGAUCUUGAUACAGUUGGAGAAAGCGAAGUGAAAAGUAUAGAUGUUGAGAUGAAAAAAGAAUUGUCGGAAGCUGAAAUCGCGAGGAGGAGGAAAAAAAAUAUGAAACGCAAUCAGAAAAGGGCGGAAAAAGCUGCCAAAGAGGGUAACAAGGCCUAUGAUGAAGAGAUUCAUAGUGAGGAUUACUCUACCUGGGUACCACCUUCGAAUCAAACUGGCGAUGGACGGACUAGUUUGAAUGAAAAAUUUGCUAAAUUCACAGAUUUGCUCUUUAAUAAUAUCUAG